ACCUGUCAGGCGAGCCCCUCUCUCGGGAAUCCUCCCAAAAUUCCCCAAUUCACAGGCUGCCUCGCAGCCGCAGGCCACCUUCGCGCGCCCACGUCGCCGCCAUACCAUACCCGCCGGCAGCCGCCCCGUCUUAAGAUUUCCCUCCUCUCGUCUCAUCGCUCGCUGUCCCUCAGAGACCCGACAGCCAGCAUACUCCUCCCUCCCGCAACUGCUACCUUUGCACCGUGGGAGCUUCCCGUUUCUUGGAUCUCUGGACGGCCGGCGCUGGGCAUGAUGGAUGGAGGCCAAGAUGGCCCGGAAAGCUCAGAUCACAACAUGGACCUAGAAGAAGGCAAUGUCACCAUUAGGGUCAAAAGGGCAAAAGCAACAAAUUGGCCCAGGGUGAUGUCAAAGUUUUUGCUUGAUUGGUACCUUGAGAAGAAGAAGGGAAUGCCACCCAAGACCAAGUUCAAGAAGAUCCACCACGUUUGGUGCACAUCUGCUGUAAAUACUAAAUUCAGAACAACUUACUCUGUUGAUCAGGUGCAUCGCCAUUUUAGACGUUUCAAGGAGAUCUGGAUCAUUGUGACUCGGUAUGUCAAUGAGACUGGGAGCAGGUUUAACAAUAAACACAAAAUGCUUAUACUUCCUCCUGCCACUAUGGCUAGUUUACCAGUAGCUGAGCGUGCUAUUCUUGUUAAACCCAUUCCAUUCUUCGACCAUCUGCUACAUCUCUUCAAUGAUGGCCAGCUGGAUGCAGAGUGCAUGAGAGACCCUAUCAUGACUGACGAUUCUAAUGAGGAAUUGGAGGCCCAGAUUGCGUUGAACAUUAUUGCCUCAGGUGCAGAUACAAGGGACCAAGAUGGGGAAGACCUAGAUAAUAUAGGAUUGGAGGGUGAAGAUAACCAUCAUGAGGUUGCAGCAAGUAGUGGUGAGGUGCCUUGUGAAGUGAUGUCUGAUACUAGUCCACCAUCCGCGCAGCCAUCCGGGUCCUUUGCUGAGAGCACAAUGGCUGCUCUGAAGCCUAGAGCAAAGAAGAUGAAGAUCAUCAGCAAAACGAAACUAAGUCCAAAGGCGCAGGCUGCUCUGCCACGUGAUGGAAGAAGGAACGUGGAUGCAUUGAACAGCACCUUAGUAGGGAUCCAUGACAGUGCUCGAAAACCUAUUCGGGCAGCGCCAACAUCAGACCCGAAUGCUCCUCUGUGGAACAUGCUAAAAGAGAUUCCACUGACUCAACCUGAUAGGCUAUCUGUAGGGAUGUAUCUUUGUAAGCCAGAGUCUGAAGUGCAUCGAAGCUUUUUCAUGAACAUGGGCAAGGAGUACCUUGAAGCAUGGGCCCGUAAGUUCUUGGCUGGAGAGGAGCAUGGAACCGUAUAGUUUGAUAGCUGAAUCCAGAUUGAGCUUAUUCCCUGAAGCGGCGCAUAGACUGUCGUUUGUCAGGCCUUGUUAUUGCUGCCAGUUUAUGUUCUAUAAUUGAUGCAUAUAUAUAUGUUGUGCUUGAACAGUUGG